UACAUCAUUUGUGAAGUGGUGACGAUACAAACUACAUUGAUUGGCUUUCUUCUACACGAAAGCGCGUAUUCGAUUAUUAUUUAGCAGAGAUGUAGCCCUUUAUCGUGUUGACCGACUAGCGCGGUAAACUUUAUAGUUAUCUAUGGUUUUAUUGUUUGAUUCUUUUUGUUACGUUUUUUAGUUGCGUAGGCGUUAGAUUAUUGCAUUUUAAUCAAUAGAUGUAGUAUAGAUACUUUUGUUAGAGAGUACACUUCAGAUUUGCACAAAUUCAGCAUAGUAAGCAACUUUUGAAGAAUGGGUCACCUCUUGAGAAGCGCCUUCGUGCUCGGCAUGGGAGGGAAGGACGACGAAGGCAUGUCUCCAGACGAAGGCAGACAAUCACAGAGGCCGUACAGAUACGGCAUGGUGUUGCUGUGCGCCGGCGCACUGAUCAACUGGCUAGGACUGGCUGAAGACUACGCGGAACCGGUGCGGUAUGUCGGCGUCGCGUGUAUUGUCGCCGGUGCACUGCUCAUAUGCGCGGCCAUGUGCUGCUGGCUGCAGUCACCAGCGCGACAGCCGCAAAACGAACGUGCCUCACCUGACACACAUCAGAUUGACGACCCCAUCCACGUAAUAUCGAUGCCAGACGAAGAGACAAUGCAGCAGAAACCCCCAGACUACGACACGGUGGCGGGCGCGCCGCCUACCUACGACGACGCCAUCAAGCUGAACCCCGCGCGGCUGUUGCCCGCCAGCAGCAGCGCGCGGCCCGAGCCGCCGCGCUCGCCGCACGCCGCCGAGGCCGCCAUCAUCCCCGGCCAGCCGGAGGACGCGCCCGCGCCGCUGGCGCCGCUGUCGCCGCUGGUGCCGCUGGUGCCGGUGCACCGCUCGCAGGUGCCGAAGACGCCGCCGCCGCCGUACAAUCCCACGCACGCCAUCAGAUGAAAGCUCGGCUAGCCGUUGUCACUUCAAAUCGACUGCUGUUUCAUGUGAUGAGACUCGCUGCACGUUAUCCGUUCCGCGAUAAUGUGACCGGUAUUAUAUUUUAUCGUUCGUACAUGUCCAUGAAACGAUUGUUUUUAUUUAUAGUAGAAUGUCGAGAGCGAUAUGUACUUAUGUGAUAUAGGGAAAGUUGUUAGUUACUUAUACUUGCACUGUACAUAAUUUAACUUUGUAAUAUAAUGGUUUGUUAACGUAUGUACUUCUAGGUAAUUAAGUUAAACAAUCUCUUCCAAUUAUGUUUUUGUAAUGUGUGUUCCAAAUACACAGAGCACCUCUGUGGUUCCAAAUAAUUAGAUUAGAAAGAUAGAUGACUCGCAGCGCGGGUCGAUGUUUGAAAUAUAAACAUAUCUGUUAGUAAUUUUAUACUUACGAGCGAAGUGAUGGUGUCACUAAUCACUGCGCUGUGCCAUUCAUAUCGUUACAUGUUGACUAUCACCCACUGUGUGACAAGCGAGCACCGUGUUAAGACUUAUUGUAUCUAUUAGAUGUAUUUAUUAGCGUGGACCGUGUGUUACUGCCACAUGUCGACACGGCUCUGCGGAAACAAGUCCGACUACAAUCACUUUGCUACAACCAGGCGACGCUGAAUAAACUUUUUAAAUGACGAAUAUAACGAAUUUAUUAUAAAAAUCAUGCGUUUGAUGAAUAAAACCAUAUCAAAAUGUUUCGGUUUGGUGUUUGUACGUCAUGAUAACUUAUUGUGAUAAUAUUGUGACUAUUGAUAUCAUAUUGUUAAUAAACUGUCUGUAUCUUCUUAGUUUAGAUGCAUUUUUUCAGUUUUGUCAACUCUAGUCUUGAAAUUAACAAAUAUAACAUGUAUUUACUUAAUUAACGUUUUGUUAGAUACAGGCAUACAUAAUUUGUAAUCUGUACACAUUUUGAUUGCACAACUUGAUAUUUUCCAACAAUGUAAUAGAAUCUUCACAUCACUUUAUUAUGGUUGGAAAUGAGGUCAAGAAUAAUUUGAUUGCACAAAAUGUGCUCAAUGCUGAGACUUCCUUUUGCAGCCAACAUGGAGACUGCAGUUGGUUUUUAGUUACAAAUAAAUAUUCCGUUGCAAAUUCAUAAAAUUUAAUCAUCAUCGAAAUAAAUUGUUUUCUCGAUUACAUUAACAUUAACGAAGUAAAUAAGCAAUAUUAAUUUUAAGACUCAAUGUAUUAUAUAAAGUUUAACAAUUGUGAGCUUUCAAUUUAAUAACAAAGUGGGACCAAUACCUAAUAAUUAAUUUGUGCUUGUACUGAACUAAUGGAAACAGCGCGCGUGCUGAAACACUUUUAACGUUACAAUGCUGAAGUUGUGCAUUUAUUAUUUGUACAUUGUACAAAGUCUCAGAAAGUUAAAGUGUACAUAGGAAAUAAAUGUUGUUGAGAGACUAUUUGA